GGCGCUCUCCUUCUGACGAUCGCGAACUGUUGUUGUUGUUGAUACCAGCGUUCGGUUAAUAUUGGAGCUGACAGUGCUUAGUCCCCUUUGAUACCCGUUGAUAUCUUGACAUAUGGCGGUACUCCGGCCACCAUCAUCCAUCGUAAUGCAACCUCACCAUGGAAUCGGAUCCUUCCAGCUCUAUUCCAGUAUUCCAGAUAUAUAAUGAUCUAUGCAGCCAGCGAUUCUUCAGCUGCGCUCACAUUCUUUUCCCUCGAGUUACUGGCUAACUUCGAGAGGUUGCACACAAGCUGGCUUGUGUGGACAUUUACCAAAUUCUUGAAGAUGUUCUACUGUGAUCCCAAAGCCUAUGUCUGGUCUCUCUUUUUGGCAUCCCACGUCGCUCUUGUGGUAUCUGCAGCGCCUGCUAGGGACUAUACAAAGCGUCUCGCUGGCGGCAGUUCCACAGUCAAGAUUGAACGCGCACUGGCAGCUAACAAUGGGGACUCCACUCCUGUCUCUGGGCUACCAGGAUUAUUGCCAGCACUCGCCACUCCAAGUAGCACAGUCUCAAGCUCAACCUCCGGCAAUAGCGAAGUAUCCUCUUUGCUGAAAGAAGUAACGGAGCUUGCUCCCGGUACUACUGUGAUCAAUGUCAAUGUCGGCGACAAAAAUCUGGGCUCUUUACUGUCUGACACAACCAGUGGUGCCACUAAUCCAUCAGACGGGCCACCAGAGUCUGGUGUCGCAACCGGUGGUUUUGGUGACACAGCGUCCGGCAACGAUGGUGAUAUUCCACUGGAUGGAACAGGCGGUGUAGGUGGUUUCGACGAUGACACUACUAUUCCCAGUGCUCCUACCGCAGUGGGAGACGGAUCGCUAGCGUCGACAAGCAGUCUGGACCCUGGCACCACAGAUGAUGGUGGUGAUGGCGACACGAACUCCACAAACUCUGAUAGCCUUGUCGGUUCGGCAAUCCAGGACGACGCAAUGUCCUGGAAAGGAGUUAACGGGUCGGAUCCGGCUAUGAGUUCGGACAACUUAGAUCCAGGAUCAGGCGCUGCAAACGGGACAGUAGUCGUUACCACGGGUUCAAAUUCGACGGCCGGUGUUGGCGACUCUCAUUCUAAUACAUCGGACGGAGCGUCACCCACAGCUGGAGGACCACCCACGAAUGGAACCUCCAUCCUCAAGAUCUCUAUCGAGAAUAACCAGAAGAUCAACAUCGAGAAAGGGGUAUUGGCAUCUUGAUAUAUUUAC